UGUAAGCGGCAAAUAGGAUUUUUGGGUGGGCACCCCACCUAAUUCCAGCAAUGGCUUUGAGCACAUUGAUACGCGGUAGAACCCGCUUUUUAACUUCUGAAACAUGUGUUUUCCACUUGAGGGAGUAAUCGAAGAACGUUAUUAAUAUUUAACAAACCGACCGCAUAUAUACGAAUUCGCGAGAGUAACUAGUCACACCACCUCGAUAUGACAUACAUAUAUAGCGCGCGCGCCGCCGUGCGUGCGUCUCGCUCUCUCGCUGAAUUCUCGCGUGUCUUCUUUCCUCUCGCCUUUUUCCGCAACGAGCGCAAACGAGUGGCUGCUCUCGCGAGUGCUCGAUUGCCUCUCGUCGUAUGUACAUAAGAGACAGCAACGAAGAGAGAGAGAGAGAGAGAGAGAGAGAGAGAAUUUGACGACACAACCAGCGUUCGUCAGAAAUCAGCGCAAGAACGACGACUGUCCGUAACGGGUCUGUUCUUCUAGAUCCAACGCGGAUCCAAAAGUAUGUUCCAAUCGCGGUCCAAUGCAAGAGCGCCCAAUCGGGGCUUGCGCGAGAACACACAAAGAGUCUCGAAUUUCAAAUGGUUUGGGAACGCGCACGGAAGAAGAAACACCGAACAUAUGAUUUCUUCGUCCGCUUGCGCUCGUUAAUUGUCAAACGCCACCGAUUUCUCGACGACUGGCUAUGUUGUUAUAAUUGAAUUAAACAAAAAAAUUAUAAACGCAAAGACCACGCAAACGAAAAACAAAAAAUGCCUCGCGGUUACGAGGGUACGAGAUAUAUUUCGGACAAACAAAUGGUAGUUUUCGAUAUUGGCAGUGCAUACACAAAGUUUGGUUACGCGGGAGAAGUAUCUCCGCGUGGUAUCAUACGAACCGAAGUGAGAUGUCCGGAAACGAAGAAGAUACGCCGAAUUAUUGACUACAAUGAUCUCGAGGACUUGUACCAACUGCUUGUAGAAUUUCUUCAUCAGUUGUUCUUCAAACGUGUUGUCGUAAGCCCAAAAGACGCAAAAAUACUGCUUCUGGAAUCUCCGCUUGCAGCCACGUCGUUCAGAGAUACUCUCGCAAGAGUGAUGUUCAAACACUUCGAAGUUAGUUCCAUAUUGUUUCUACCGAGUCACUUGGCAACAAUCAGUACUCUCGGCAUUGACACAGCCUUGGUAUUGGACGUUGGAUAUCAGGAAGCAACUUUGAUUCCAAUCUUUGAGGGAAUACCGAUACUUAAAGCUUGGCAAGCAUUGCCCUUGGGUGGACAGAUAGUUCACGAGAACAUGAAAAAUUAUUUUGACAACAUAUCAAAUGACAUAGAUUUAUCUGAAAAAACACUGGAAGAUAUCAAGGUGAGAACAUGUUUUGUAACCACAUUGGAAAGAUCUGAAAAAUUGGGAACAGAAGAUGCUCCCGCUCAUUCUCCCGAUGUUAUAUAUCCCGGCGUCAAGAGACUCGUGAUACCCGGAGAAAUAAGAGAGAAAGCGUUUGAGAUACUGUGGGAAAGAGAUAACGACAAUCUGUCUUUGUCAACUAUGAUACUCGACGCUAUCAUCAAGUGCCCAUUGGACACAAGACGGAUAUUAGCCGAAAAUAUAAUACUCGUCGGAGGAACCGCUAUGGCAAAGGGUUUUGCAAGUCGCUUGAAAUCCGAAUUGCUGAUGUUAGUCAAGAGCGAUCUGUACAAGGAGAAGUUAAAAGUGCAAUCGUUCAAAUUCCAUACAGCACCGAGCAAACCGAACUACACGGUAUGGCUAGGCGGUGCUAUUUUCGGCACAACAGAUUUAGUAUUGCGUUGUUUAACAAAAGAAGUUUAUUUGAAGACAAGUCGAGUUCCCGACUGGCCUAAUCUAAUAGAUAAUCAAAAGGAAGAAACAUAUUACGAAUUAUAAAUAUAUGCUCGAACGUUUUAAGUUUUUUUUUUUUAAGACUAAUUUUUAAUCUAACAUAUAAUCAAAUAGAUAAUUUGUAUUUAUUGAUUUAAUAUAAAUUGUACAAGCCAAUCAAUCGGUUCUAAGUUUAAAAUAGAAAUUAUUUAUAUAUAUAUAAAUUUAUAUAAAUAAUUAGAAAUUGUAUAUAUAAAUUUGUAACUGCAUGAUGUAUCAUGGUUUUAUACUCUUUUUAUACUUUGUUUAAUCGCCAA